CGUGAACGCAGCAUCUGUCCAGGGGCGGGUAGGCGCUAACCGUGCAGUAUGGCGGACGAUGGAGACAGUUCGAGCGGACCAGUUGACACAAGCGGCGCGCAGGGGGCAGCGGAUGAGUCGGACGGGCUCGGCCUCGGUGGAAUGUUGCUGAAUAUCAGUAUUCUGGUUCUAGUGGUGGCCGUAUGCCUGGUGGCGUACCGGCGGUGGGGCAGGCGGCUCGGCUCCGACGCGGCCCAGGGCGACGAGGCCUCGCGGCUUCCCAAGAUGAGGAGACGGGACUUCACUCUGGAGCAGUUGCGGGAGUACGACGGGCUCCAGAACCCCCGCAUCCUCAUGGCUGUCAACAUGAAGGUGUUCGACGUGACAAGCGGCAAGAAGUUUUACGGGAAAGAUGGUCCUUAUGGCAUUUUUGCCGGCCGGGAUGCUUCCAGAGGCCUGGCCACCUUCUGUCUGGAGAGAGAUGCCCUAAGGGACGAGUACGACGAUUUGUCAGACCUCACCGCUGUACAGAUGGAGAGCGUGAGGGAGUGGGAGAUGCAGUUCAUGGAAAAAUAUGAUUACGUUGGGAGGUUGCUGAAGCCUGGCGACGAGCCGUCUGAGUACACAGAUGAGGAGGACAUCAAAGACCACCUGAAACACGACUAAGCGGUUCCAUCGCAUCGACCAAAGCCAGGAGCCCCAAAUAGCUGCGACAGACCGCCCCCCACACCACCUCCUCCUCUUCCUUAUUAUGCGACCUCCUUCUCCUGCCCCACUCCCAAAACUAUUCGCCUCCUGAAUCUGUCCGGUGCCAUGGCUGUUCUGUAAGGGCAGGUCUCAAGUCUCAGUGCCCAGACCUCCCUCUGUAUUCAUCUUACAAAGAUCACCGCCACAAGAAAGCGAUUGGAAACUAUUGAUAAGGGGCUUUUUUCAACAACCACAUCUGGGAGAGGAGGCAGGUUGUGCCAUUAGAUGGGUAUGAACCAAAAUCACAGAAUAUUUUCGUCACUUCUCCAGGGGUGGACGUGGUCAUCGUGGUCGCCACUGAGCGCUGGGCGGAGGCUGAUCGGAGGUAGUCAAAGGAACGCACUGGUCAGGAUGAUCAGUGGAUUGGGGUGGGAAAACCGAUUUCUGUCUUUUAUCUUUGGUUUAGUCACAUCGCAACUGAACCUGCUUCGUCUUUGGACAGCUCAUCAAUCAUGGUGGGGUUUAUUUUUUUUAUUUUUUUUGUUUGUUUGUUUUUUUUUUUCUUUUUAAAAAAAAAUAAUUUCCCUUCCCUGUGUUGAGAGAGCAGUGCUGUGGCCUAACCAAAGGCAGUUAGUGGACGUCACACUUUCCUGUUGUGUUUGUAGUGUAUGCACUACUAGUUUUCUUUGUUUGUCACCAUGUGAUUGUACUUGUUGAGUAGCAUUACUGGGAGGGAGGGAGGAUUUGGAAGGGUCAAAGGUUCUUUCCAUUUAAAACCUGUUUCGAGUCACAUCAAAUGGACUGAAUCAUCGAUUGAGAAACAAAGGGAAAGUGAUAAGGCAGUCGGAAUCAAUCGAAUCAAUUGUUUACAUGCCUCACAAGCCAGCUGCAAGUCUGUAGAGUCCCCUGAAAAUGGUCCAAGUAUUAAUUGUGCCUUAUUUUGUUUGUUGUGUCAGUCAGAGGAGGCGAGUGGAGGAAUGGAGGUGUUGGUUUUUCCUAGACUUGAUUCCCCAGACUUUAAAGAAGGCAUAUGUUCUGUCAGUCGUCCAUGCACAGACUAAUAUUUCCCCACUAUGUAAAUAGACCGUACGACUUACUCAGUGUUACUGCCAUAUUUAUGUAGUUGAUGAACUCCAUAUACGUAUAAUGCUAUGUCGUCUUGGCCAAAAACCCCAUGGUUUGUGUUUGUUUUUUUUUUUUUGUUUUUUUUUUCUUUUACUUUUUUUUCUUUCAGUUCUGCGCUUCUUUUUAAUUGCGGGUGAAUUUCCCUAAAUAAAAAGGAGCGUUGCAAAGUGCUGCAGGGCGGGACCGGGAGCUGUUCUUGCAAAUUUUUUCCGGAGAUGUUGCUUAUCUGUAAAUAUAUCUAUCAUUUUAUUAAAGCAUGUGCAACAACAAAGUGAGCUAUGCCGAAUUCCCACCACGUUGUGUAUUUAAAUGUUGGGUGUGUGUGGGUGUGUGUGUGUGUGUGUGUGUGGGUGUGAGAGUCUGUGUGACAGAGGCAGGAAGGGAUUUGUUCAUGCAUAAUAAAUCAAUUUGGUUAAUAAUUGAA